AUGGUUUAUGACGUCAACAUGACAAAUUACGAUGCCGGACUGCCAGAGCACCUGUCAGUCAAAGAAGCCGUCCCCGGCCCCGGCACCUACAGCGCCGAUCCAGAUGCACUUCGACAUUCAGGUCCUCUUGUCCAACCCGGCUUGUACGCCAACGCGAAAUGGGCAGUCGACACCACCGUCAGGACAAACUUGGGCCUGCCGAAGCACACGCAUAAGAUGCCCCCUGGGCCCGGACUGUACUUCCGGACCCAUAGCGCCAACAACCUGACCGGAUCCAAGCAGCUCAAAAGCAGCUGGAGAAACUCCGCAGAGUCAGGAUGGCAGGACUACUGCGCAAGGCAGUGUCAGACGCCGGUUGUGUUGUCUCGAGAGCACGAGCGGGAGCGGUACGGCACGCACUCGCCGGGCCCUAUGACUGCAGUACCGGUAGACGCAGUGGGACGACAGCUAACCUCGAACCGCAAGACACAGCCCCGUGUGGGGAGUGUGCGCCUCGGUGAGGAGGGCACGCAUGGUGCAAGCCUCUCCGCUUUUAUCUGCCUGGAGCUGCCCCUUUUGGGUUACUCUUCCUGUGUACACACCCUCCUCGAGGUGAUGAUACGUUAUAACAGUAGCGCUGGGGACGAGCUUCCACCUUGUCACGCUGCCUCCGUAGUGGUGGAAACGGCUGCAAAGGUUUCCUCUGUAGCCUCCUGA